AUGGCCUCUCGUGUCCUGGUCUCUGGUCUCCCCCGGUCGCUCCCUCCCCUCCCCCCGGGGCCUGCCCCUACCUGCGUUCCCUGCGUCGAGGGGCGGCAGCGCGCCGCUCCUCACUCCUCCGAGUUUCCGCCGACAGAGGCUCCGCUGCAGACUCUUCACAUGGACGUGUGGGGCCCAGCCCGCGUCCGUGGACAGGGUCACGAGCGCUACUUCCUGCUGGUAGUUGACGACUACUCGCGUUACACCACGGUCUUCCCCUUGCGCCGCAAGGAUGAGGUCACUGAGGUGUUGAUCGACUGGAUCCGCACUGCUCGUCUCCAGCUCAGGAAGAGUUUCCGCUCGGACUUUCCUGUUUUGCGUCUGCACUCAGACAGAGGUGGUGAGUUUUCCUCCGGCCCUCUGCGAGCCUUCUGUCGUGCGAGGGGCAUCCGCCAGACGUUCACGCUUCCGGCCUCUCCGCAGCAAAAUGAGAUUGUUGAGCGCCGCAUUGGCAUGGUCAUGGAUGUCGCUCGUACGUCCAUGAUCCAUGCGGCUGCUCCCCAUUUUCUGUGGCCGUUUGCGGUUCAGUACGCGGCGCGUCAGAUCAACCUUCAGCCCCGGGUCUCCAUGCCGGGGACCUCCCCCACUCUGUUGUGGACGGGGAAGGUUGGCGAUGCGUCUGCGUUCCGUGUCUGGGGAUCUCGGGCUUUUGUCCGAGACUUGUCUGCGGACAAGAUGUCCUCCCGUGCUAUUCCCUGCGUCUUCCUUGGCUUCCCCCUUGACGCGCCUGGUUGGCAGUUUUACCACCCCACCUCGCGCCGUGUUCUGUCCUCCCAGGACGUCACGUUUGACGAGUUGCCUUUGGAGGUCACUUCUGACACCUCUGGCCCACCUGAGGGGGGUGACGCUGUUGCUGCUGACGCCCCGGCGGCCUUCGGCCGCGCACCAUGCUUGGAGACCCCUCCAGGGUUCCCUCCGCGACCGCCUUCGCCGCCUCUGCAGCCGGUUACUGUUGACUCUGGUGCUGUUGGGGGUGGUGCUCCUGGAGGUGCGGAGUCUGGGGGUGCUGAGCCUGGGGGUGCGGAGUCUGGGGGUACUGAGCCUGUGUGUGCGGAGUUUGGGUUUGCUGAGUCUGGCGGUGAGACGCUUGAGGGUACUGGGACUGCUGGUGCGCGGCCUACUUGGAGUGGCCGCCUUCGUCCGCGUGUGCCUCUCACCCCUCAGCAGCUACACGACUGGUACGGUCGGCGUCAGCGUCGGGCUGCUGGAGCCCGGGGCUCUACUGCUGGGGGUGCUGGAGCUGCUGGUUCUGGGGGUGUUGCUGCUGGAGACGUUGCGGUUGGGGACCCUGGGACUGGAGGUGCUGGUUCUGGUGGUGCUGCUGCGGGAGACCCUGCGGUUGGAGACCCUGGGACUGGAGGUGCUAGUUCUGGGGGUGCUGCUGCUGGAGGCACUGGGGUUGGAGACCCUGGGACUGGAGGUGCUGGUUCUGGUGGUGCUGCUACGGGAGACCCUGCGGUUGGAGACUCUGGGGCUGGAGGUGCCGGUUCUGGGGGUGCUGCUGCUGGUGCCGCUGGUUCUGGUGGUGCUACCGCUGGAGGUACCGGUUCUGCGACUGGAGCUGCUGGAGCUGCUGGAGGCACUGGAGCUACUGGAGUUACUGGAGGUGUUGGAGCUGCUGGAGGCACUGGAGCUGCUGGGGGUGCUGGAGCUGCUGGAGCUGCUGGUGCUGGUGCAGCUGCGCCGACACGACUGUAG